GUUAGCAUCAUAAAGCGUCCCAAUCUAGACGAGUUAGUAUGUCCGGACGUGGAAAAGGCGGAAAAGGUCUCGGCAAAGGAGGUGCUAAGCGUCAUCGCAAAAUCUUGCGUGAUAACAUUCAAGGAAUCACUAAGCCAGCUAUCCGCCGUCUUGCUCGCCGUGGUGGGGUUAAGCGCAUCUCUGGAUUGAUUUACGAAGAAACGCGCGGGGUCCUUAAGGUCUUCCUCGAGAACGUGAUUCGUGAUGCUGUUACCUAUACAGAACAUGCCAAAAGGAAGACGGUCACAGCCAUGGAUGUUGUUUAUGCGCUAAAAAGACAAGGCCGUACGCUGUACGGAUUCGGCGGCUAGACACGUUAAAUUCAACCUCUAUAUCAAAGGCUCCUCUAGGAGCCACCACAUCUCUCGAAAGUCAUAACCAAUAAAGGUUUCCUGUAUGAAAUGGUAAUCACUACAUAACACUCAAUAUGUUGCCUGUUAUGUCCCCACUCCCAGAUUCAUCAGAUUUCGGAUUGAACUAACUCUCUCGACGAAUUGUGACAAAUGAGCGCGACGUCAAAUGCGAGAAACAGUGGCCUUAAUCUGACGAACCCUUUGACUAGCCUUGCCGAUCUUCCUCAUUUUAAAGCUACUGGCAUGACUUAAUUUAGCUUUUGAUU